AUGAAACUAGAUGAUCUAUAUACAAACAAAACACUAAUAUACAAUAGUCCAUUUUCAGAUAUAUGUAAAGUAAAACCAAUUCCUGAAUCACCAUAUAUAACAGAAAAUCAAAAAACAAAACAAUAUGUUGUAUUAAAAAUAGUUGAUUUAGAUUUUAAAAUCCCACCACAUUCAAUAACUAGAGAACUAGAAGUAUUGAAAAAAUUACAACAUCACCAAAAGAAAGAUGGAUAUGUUGGUAUAAUUGAAUAUCUUAAUGAUUUUCAAAUUAUUGAUGAUAAGUUUUUAGUAUUGGAUUUUUAUCCAUUUACUUUAAAUCAAUUAAUACAAACACCUAAAUAUAUGAGUAAAACGUUAAAAUUUGGAUCAAUUGAUGAAAAAGGAGAUAUGAAACAUAUUAUUAAAAAUAAAAUUAAUAAUUCUGAUAUUAAAAUAUUUUUACAAAAUUUAAUUAAUUCAAUUAAAUUUAUACAUUCAAAUGAAAUUAUCCAUAGAGAUUUAAAACCAAGUAAUAUUUUUUUUAAAGAUGAUGAUAUAACUCAACCAAUUAUAGGAGAUUUUGGAUGUUGUUAUAAUUUACAAAAUCCUCCAGAAGAUGAACCGUUUGAUUUAAAAUAUGUUGAUAUUUCUUCAAGUAUAUAUAAAUCACCAGAAUUAUUAUUAGGAAUAACUAAUUAUUCAUAUGAAGUAGAUUAUUGGAGUAUUGGUAUAAUUUUAACAAUUUUAUAUUCUAAAAAUUUUAAAUCAAUAUUAAUAAAAAAUGAAAAUGAAUUAAAUAAUGAUUCACAAAUAAAUGAUUUACAUUUACUUGUAUGUAUUUUUAAAACUUUUGGUACUCCAACUUAUUUAAAAGAAGAUGAAAAUGAUGAAAAUUUAUAUUGGCCAGAAUUAAAUAAUGAUGAUUUACAUUUUAAAAAAUUUAAUUUACAAAAAUUACCAAGAUUAUCAAUACUGGAAAUUUUACCAAAUUCUAAUGAUGAAUAUGUUGAAAAAUUAUUUUCGAACUUAAUAAGAUAUGAUAGAAGUAAAAGAAAAAUGUAUAUAGAAGAUUAA